AAGUAAUAUCGUUUUUUUCUAGCUUGGAGUGGCGAGAUAGUAACUUUCAGAUUGUAUUAAUUUAGUUAAUCUUGACAUGUUCUUUGCUGUCUUGUGGGUAGAAAAGAAUCUUGUACAAUGUCCAAGACCGGCCUUGUAACUUGGCUUUAUUAUCAUCGUCUCGAUCCAUUUUCAGUCUUAACCUAAUAAAAACUCCUCGAUCGCUGUCUUCUUUUGACAAUUCAUCUUCAUCCAAAUCUCUACCUCUCUGUUUCUCAGCUCAUCAAACACGUACUGCGAUAUGGGGGAUGUUGCAACGUUGGCAAAGGCGAGAAUGGAGCUUGAGGAGUUGUAUCUGGGAAUCCCAGAUGAGUCCGUCAACCUUACUUUCAAAGAUCUUGCAGAAGUGACCCAAAACUCAAAACCAAUAUCAGAAAAGAAAAAAACCACCACAAUGGAAGUCGAUCCCGAAUCCAAGACCCCAAAGAAAGGAAGAGCUACUUCCCCAACUCUGAUAAGAACACCCAGCCUUGAUUUCAACAAAGGCUUGCAAGCUUCCAACCACCUGCAGUACCCUGAUCAUGAUCUUGAUCAUCACGUCAAGAUCAGGGAUCAUACCGGUAACUUCCAUGGAUCACCGCGUCGGGAUCAUGAUCAUCACGGCCACUACGGCGGUGAAAUUGGCCGUCAUCGGGGCCAUGCAAUAUUGCCGGGCCAUCGUUUCCAUAUUGCAAGCCCAUUAAAGCUGGAGAAGUACUCGGGGUUCAGGCACGUCGAGGAAGGGGAUGGACGCAGUAGUUUUGCGUAUGAUCAUCAAGACGUGAGUGGCAUCAGCAUGGCUUCCGUGUACCAAGAGAGAGUUCGACGAAGGCGCCCUGGCAUUCCUCACUCCAAUAUCUGCACUGUCUGCAGCACCUAUAUUUAUAUCUUCCGCCAUCGGUGCCUGGUUUGUGGAAGAGCAUACUGUAGGCAAUGCGUAGGCAUAGGCAUGGGAGAUAUGACAGAAGGAAGAAAGUGCCUCGGAUGUUUAGGGAAAAGAUUCAGCCAAAGGUACAUACAAAGAGCAGGAAAGGUAGGGUGGUGUUGGGGGUACCCUAGCAUGGUGAAGCCGGCAGAGCUCAAGUGGGCUGAAAAGGGGCCCAAAAGGAGUGAUGAAAGAGCAUAUGAUACUCAUGGGCAUGUGCGCAGUGGCAGGGUGAUGUCCAGAUCACCAAGAAGCCCAAUUACCCCAAGGGCCCAUGCUGGCAGUAACUCUCCUUCUUUUGUGGCGGGCUCACCCUAUACCGUUCAUACUCCUACUCAUCACCACCUUCCUUUCUAAUUUCUGAAAAUAUAUAUUGAUCUGCUAUCAUUGGUUGUGGUGCUCAAUUAAAUUAAUUCUGUUGUUUGUUUCCUUCAUAAAAAA